CUUUACAUAACACUUAAAAUGGACAACAAUGUGUUCAUUCAUGGUCACGCCGGAAUGCUGCAAUAGUGUUCCAGUGCAGCUAUGGCCCAAUUCAAUGGCCUACUUUCCCAAAACGUGUAUUGCUAUUAUAGCUUCACUUGAACACAAGCAGCAUCGCAAAUGCUGCUGCUGUGCAUGGCAAGCCCCUGUCACGAGAAUGGACAGCGAACUGUCAACAAAGAACAGUUUCGCUUCUAAAAAAUGCGGACAGGUUGCGCUAGUGGUGGAGGGUGGGACUAACAGUGGAGCUUGUGGCCAUCCUAGAUUAGUAGCAAGGUAUUAAUUAGCAUAGUGUUAAUAAGCAGUGAUCUUAUGCAGCAGUCAUAACUAGAAAUACACUAAAUGACAAUAUUAAUUAACUUGGUAAUACCAUGAUCUUACUAGGCGAGUUCAUAACUAGCUGGGUUCUCUCUUUGUUGCUAUGUUUUCCUUUCUCUUUCUUUUUCUCCUUUAACUAUUAUCUGUCCUGUGCUUCUCUUUUUUUUCCCUCACAAAGCACACCCAUUGAAGAUAUGCUUACAUUGCCAUCGUGCCUACCUCAAUGCAUGCACUGGCCACAGGCUUUAUUAUCUGCCACAUUACUAGGCGGUAUACAGAAAUUGUACUAUAACUAUUCUCACUUCUUAAAUGUAUAUCAUCAAAAGCAAGCUGUCUUUAUUAAUAGUUCAUCCAAAGAUCAAAAACUGGGCAGCAAAAGUGUGCUCGGGCUGACUUAUUCUAACGCAUGGGCUUAGCACAGCCUAUAGUUUUCUGGUAGUGCAAAAAGUUGAAGCGGAAAGAUGAAACAUCUCCGCUAAUAAAAAGUUUUUCUCUCAUUCUUGCAGAUCAUUCGGACCAGGGACUUAUAGCCCUUGUUAAGGAAGAGCCGAUUGAUGUUGUCGUUCACAACGAGUCUGGCACAUUUGUCGAGAGCGGAAGCUGCCAAGUGAUGAGCAGUUGCCAGGACGUCGUCGCUGAGCAGCCACCGAGAGAAGUCCCCGAGCAGCCAGCGAGAGCAGCCGACGAUAUACGCAUAGUCGGAAGUCUCCGUCGGUGCGAAUGCAAGCUCUGUCACUUGGUCUUCAACACUGAUCAACGCCUGCUCCAGCACUCCGUGGUACAUGCUCGAGAGUGGAAGUUCUGGUGCAGGCAGUGUGGUGCCAGCUUUCCACAAAGUGAGGCCCUCGAGGAGCACGAAAGGACGCACAUAGACAAGCAGCAGCUCCGUUGUCUCAUCUGCUACAGGCGCUUCGGUGAAACAACCCGACUUCACAAACACUUGUGGCAUCAUGUGAAGCAGCAGCAGACACACUACUGCCACCUAUGCUCCAUGACGUUUCCCUUGCGGGCGCAGCUAUCGAGGCACCUACGCAUCCACGAAAGGAGCGCGCACUUUCGCUGCGACGAGUGCAAUGCCGCUUUCACCUUCGAGGUGGAGCUGACGAGACAUCGGGCUACACAUGAGAAAGGACGGCAUUUCCAGUGUCUCGAGUGCCCAAAGUCCUUCGUAUACAAGUGCCACCUCCAAGAUCACCUGGUACCGCACACAGUUGAGCGGCGGUUCAGCUGCAGCCUUUGCACGAAGAGGUUCUGGCGCAAGGGCGAAUUAGCCAGGCACAUGCCAAAGUGCCCGAACAAAACGAAUGCCCAGCCCCCACAUUCAGAGGCUUAGUCCCCUGCGUAUAUUAGUGGACUUCUGAGCAUUCGUUUGCGUCUGCCAGAUAUGUAAUCUGUGUAAAUUACCCUGAUGGAAAUAAACUGAUUGCAUUAUUUUUUAAUCGCAUGCAAGGGCAGGAUGAUAGUCUGUGAGAUAGCCGAGGCAUAAUAAAUUGUAGGCGCCUCAUCUCUUA